CGUCGAUAGAUCAAUAACUAUGGUAUGAAUAGGAGAAUCAACACAGCUCACUUCACAAGGYUUGUACUCGAGUAAGUGAGGAUUGGGAAGGUUUAACCGACGUGUGAGGAGAGACCUAGAACAUGCUGAGCUUGARAGCGUAGCUAGAAGAACUCAGUCGCCAGAAAUCUUUACGAUUGUCUCAUCUUCUUAAGCCAGGUUUUCAAGUUUCUUCGUCAUAAGUUGAAUUAUGAGAAAAAGCUAGCACCUGACAUGAAACGAUGAGAAAGUAAAGACGUUAAACCCUUAUGACCGGAAUUCCGUGCGUCUCCUACGAAACACCAUUCGCGCAGAUAAAAAGAAGAAGCCAUAAUUUUUCAGAUACAGACUACAGAAGCAUAGAUACAGACUACAGAAGCAUAGAUACAGACUACAGAAGCAUAGAUACAGACUUUUUUUCAAAACUAAAGCUCGAACACAAAUAGUUACUACUCGGAGCUAUAGCAUUUUAACUCGGGACAAUACAGAAGCCGCUGCAAGCUUUUGUUUGCUACGGGAAGCCUUAACCACAAAAAAUACUAACACGAUGGAUACUCAAACGAACAACUCCCUCACAAACCACUCUGAAUUUGGAUGUCCACGAGACACUGAGGCAGCUCGAAUCACCAAGAUGUUCUCUCUCUCAGUCAUUCUUAUUAUGUCGCUCUUUGGGAACUUGCUUAUUAUUUAUGUAGUGUGUCGUAACAGAAAUCUUCGACGCACGAUCAACUUUUUCAUCCUGAACAUUGCUGUAUCGGACGUUUUGAUUCCUGUUAUUGUUAUUCCAAUGAUGUUAGUAAGGCUGGCCAGAGACAGCUCUGCUUGGCUGAUACACGGUGCAUUCGGAGUCGUCACAUGCAAGUUGAUCUCCUUUCUCGCAGAUGUCUCUCCCGCUGUAUCCAUCGUUAGUCUCAUAUUUAUGACACUUGAUAGAUUCCUGGCUGUCGUCUUCCCACUUCGCGUGACCCUCAUGAAUGCCAAACGUCGCUACUUUCUAAUAGCUCUUACAUGGAUUAUCUCGUUGGGAUUUUUCUCCCCUUACUUCUAUGCUAUAAAACUAUUACCAUUUAAUGGAGAAAAUCACUGUGUUUUGAACUGGAGCGAUAACUUGGAAGACCACAUCAAAAUCCAGAAAGCUUACAGCAUAGCGAUUUCGAUUUAUUUCCUCGUCAUUCCAUUUGUAAUCCUGACAAUUCUAUACGCGAUAAUAUUGAUCAAAACCAAGACGCCUGAUUACAUUCGAAGUAAGUGUUCCACCGCAGCAAGGGCCAAGCAGAAGAAAACAUCAAGGCGACUCACAAUCAUUGCGUUUCUCAUCGUCUUCGUUUUUGGACUGUGCUGGGGGCCGUACAACUUCAUUCUCUUUCUCCAGAUUUUCGUGUGGAAAUGGAAAGUCCCAAACUUUUGCGGGUGGGGGUCUUUACUCUUUGCGGUCCAGUUCUUAUCAUACUCCAACGCUGCUAUUAAUCCAUGUAUCUAUUUUGGCUUUAUAAAGAACUUUCGUCGAGGGCUGGUGAGCCAGUUUACCACUAGGAAAUCGAGGACAGAAUUUAAGAGAAAUAAACUGAGCUCAGAGACGAUGCUUUGUUCGAUUCAAAAUAACACUGUUAUGAACACGAUUGYGAUGGCUGGACCUGAGUGCGAAACCUGUCUCUAAAUGAUACUCUUUUUACGUCKGUAGUUUUCUGCGAGUAGCUGCUGUUCCAGGAAGCCCGCGUUGUGCGCCCUUUAGCUCUCUACAUCAGUGUUCCAUUUUAAGAGUAUUUAAAGCUUAAGUAGCAUGCAUUGGAGAACUGAAACAAGUGUGUGAAAUGACCGGAAAUCGAAAACCUCUUGCAUUCCUGAAAGCUAAAUUUACAGGCUUAGCAACACUUCUAGCCACACUUCUCAAGAUUUUAAUGUUGCCUUAAAUAUGCGAACUAAAAUAAACUACAAAAAUUAAGGAAAAAGCGUGAUGAAUCGUUCCUCUUGUUGGCUAAAACCAACGUAUGAAAGACACUAAAUAAUGGAAAAUAUCUAAUAAAAGUCAUUAAUUCUUUAACUUUAAAUAAUAAACGUCUCUUCUGAUUGUGUUAGUUGCCUUAAUU